CAGCGUGGGCGGUGUGAAAUUCAACGUUUCUAUAAUAUUCGAUUAUUAUUUAUAAAUAGUGUAAUGUUACGCAUCGGCGGAUACGUGCUGAGGGAUGUUUGGGCCAGGAAUCAGUUGAAGAGUUUGAAGGUUGUGUUGGGUAGUGAUGACCUAGGAGCUUGGUGCCUCAGGGAGGCGUGCUUGGUGCCAGCGAGGCAGGCCAGCGUUAAGACCUGUCCCCCCGUCCAGCCACACGCCAACAAGGCGUAUAAAAAAGGCGAAAAGCGAAGAUACUCGCCUUUCCAUGAGCGCGGGCAGUCAAAGGUAGAAUGGGUAGUGGCUCGAGCUGAUGACAUCCUCAACUGGGGCCGCAAAGGGUCCCUUUGGCCCCUGACCUUCGGCCUCGCUUGCUGCGCCUUGGAGAUGAUGCAUUACGCCGCACCUAGAUAUGACAUGGAUCGCUACGGUAUGGUGUUCCGCGGGACGCCGCGACAAACCGACGUGAUUAUAGUUGCUGGCACUGUGACCAACAAAAUGGCACCGAUCUUUCGCAAGACCUAUGACAUGAUGCCGGAGCCACGAUGGGUGGUGUCCAUGGGGAGCUGUGCCAAUGGUGGAGGGUAUUACCACUACACGUACAGCACUGUGAGGGGCUGUGACAGGAUUGUACCGGUGGAUAUCUACGUGCCCGGAUGCCCGCCGACCGCCGAGGCGCUGCUGUAUGGGAUGCUGCAGCUCCAGAAGAAGGUCAAACGCAUGCGAAUCCUGCUAGCCUGGUACCGGCAUUAGUUGAUUCUUA